CAUUUUGCGCAUGAUUAAUAUCCAGCUCAACUCCAACAACUCGGAAUAAAAAGUUCAAGUCUCAAAAGCACUCUGCAACCUUCCUAGGAGCUAUUUAUUACCCAGUUGAAACGCUCAUCACCCACUAUACUCAACAAGCAAGAACAAUAUAGAUCCUACACAUUCUGCUCUGUCACACUCAUCUCUAAAAUCAGCUACUUCACUCUCCUUUUCCCCUAUACAGAAGAAAUUCCAAAUCCAGCAAGAAGCAGAGCACUUAAAAGAAUGGCCGACCCGACUCCGUUGCUCUCACAACCCGCCACCGGCUGCGGCGAGCAAGAACCUCCGAAGCUCGAGAAGCACCACCCGUCGUUGGACUCAAUGAUCGAGCGGUCGAUGAAAGAUUUUGGGUGGGCUCAGCUCGUGCAAGCCUCGCUUGUGUCGCUUGCUUGGUUCUUCGACGCGCAGCAAACGUUCAUAAGCAUUUUCACCGACGCUCUACCGCCGUGGCACUGCGCGAAUCUCGACGAUGAGUAUUGCAACUCCAUUUCUGACGUUUGUAAACUUCCGAGUAGUUCCUCAUGGCAAUGGGAUUAUCCCAAGCACGCCUCUAUAGUAUCUGAGUGGGGCCUUCAAUGCGCAAACUCAGUAAUUAAGGGCUUACCAGCUUCGUCCUUCUUCAUGGGAUGCUUGAUUGGCGGUUUGCUUUUGGGGACGCUCGCCGACUCUUCGCUCGGCCGCAAAAACAUGCUCUUCCUCUCGUGUUUAGCAAUGUCUUGCUCAUCCCUACUUACGGUCUUCUCUACCAACGUGUGGAUCUACUUCGGCUUGAGAUUCGCCACUGGAUUUGGACGCGCGACAAUUGGCACGUGUGCUCUCGUGCUAUCAUCGGAACUAGUGGGCAAGAAGUGGCGAGGGAGUGUCGGGAUAAUUGGAUUCUUCGUUUUCACGUUAGGGUUUUUAUCACUGCCGGCAAUCGCCUACAUGAACCGAGGUUCAUCAUGGAGAGUUCUAUACAUUUGGACGUCAGUCCCGGCCAUUGGCUACUGCGUCUUAGUCCAUUUCUUGGUUUGCGAGUCACCGAGAUGGCUCUACGUGACUGGACGCAGGGAAGAAGCUGUGGAAACCCUAAAGAGCAUAGCACAACCGGGCGUGAGCACCCUCACCAAGGGCUUCUCCUCGAUCUCGCUCGAGGAGGACCCUUUUAACAACAUGGACAUCUUCUCGGCAAUCAAGGUCUUAUGGGAGAAGAGAUGGGCCUUUCGCCGGCUAUGUGCAGUCAUGUUGGUUGGGUUCGGGAUGGGGAUGGUGUAUUACGGGAUGCCGCUUGGGGUCGGGAACUUGGACUUCGACAUCUACUCGAGCGUCACGCUUAACGCCCUCGCGGAACUGCCAUCGACCCUGGUCACUUUCCUCCUUAUAGGGAAGCUCAAUAGGAGGAGUUUACUACUAUUCUUCACAACACUUAGUGGGUUUUGUAGUGUGAUGUGCAUUUUGGAGGGCCAAGUGUGGCAAAAGCUGCAAAUUGGCUUGGAGCUAGUCUCUUUCUUUAGUGGAUGCACGGCGCUCGAUGUGUUGUUGAUAUACACAUUAGAGUUGUUCCCGACGUGCGUGCGGAACUCGGCGAUGUCGAUGGUGCGGCAGGCAGUGGUGUUUGGCGGCGUGUUCAGUCCGUUGCUGGUGGCGGCGGCCGGCCGGACAGGUAACAGGGUGGUGUCUUAUGGGGUUUUUGGCCUGGUAAUUGGGUGUUGUGGGCUGUUUGUCAUGUGCUUGCCGGAGACAAGAGGUGGGAAUCUUUGUGAUACGAUGGAUGAGGAAGAGAGGAAAGACAACAAGAGGGACUCUCGUGUUUUGUGCUAAACAGCGAUAAUGUAAAACGUCAUUGGUGGGAGUGCCAAUUCUAUCGUAUGGUUGUGCCCGUAAAAGAGAUCUUUGUUGGGGUCUUAUUUAUGGUGUUUUAUUUAUCCUUUGUUUAGGUUGAAUGUUCAUGCUACAAAAGAAAAGAUGGAUUCGCAGAAUUUAUUUACUUACAUCACUUUUCAAA